AUGACAAACGCAUCGCCAAUUCAAGUUCAAGUUCGACCUGAAACUAAAACCGACAUAUCAGCAAUCACUCAAGUUACGACGGCAGCAUUCUCAUAUAGCAAAAAUCCAAAUUCAAAGUCCACAGAGCAAUUCAUAAUCCACGACCUCCGCGCCACAAACCAACUCUCAAUCUCGCUUGUCGCAGAAGAUGAAACCACCCACGAAAUCGUGGGCCAUAUCGCCGCCUCACCAGUGAAAAUCUCCGACAGCAGUCAAGAUUGGCACGGAAUCGGGCCAGUCUCCGUCUUACCCCGCCAUCAAGGAAAUGGCAUCGGGUCAUUACUAGUGGAACGAGCGCUGGCAGAUCUUCAAAGCCAGCAUGCGGCCGGCUGUGUCGUAUUGGGUAACCCGAAAUUCUACACGCGAUUUGGAUUCAAGGCCAAUGUCUCUCUAAAACUCGACCUCGAGGCGCCGGUGGAAUAUUUUAUGGCUCUCGCAUGGUCCCAGCCCACCCCCGUAGGGACAGUCUCAUACCACCAAGCCUUUGAAACACACUCGCAUUCACGCACCGAAACAGAAACAGAAACAGAGAUGUCGACCGAGUCGCCCUUUGACGUCCUUGUCACCGGCUCAUCAGGUCAUCUCGGCGCAGCUUUGAUGCUCAGUCUACCAUCCCUAGGCUACAAACCCCUCGGCAUCGACAUUCUCCCCUCACCAACAACGACGCUGGUAGGCUCUAUCACCGACAGGCCCUUUAUUGCAUCGAUCUUCGCCUCAAAUGCCAUCAAGCACGUCCUACACGCUGCAACGCUGCACAAGCCACACAUCGGCAGCCACAGCCAGGAAGAAUUCAUUUCGACAAAUAUCACCGGCACGCUGAUCCUACUGGAAGAAUCAUCGCGCUUUGUCGAUCGAAUCGGGAGCUUCGUCUUCUUCAGCACGACUAGUGCCUUUGGUAUGGCGUUGAGUCCUAAGCCUGGAUAUCCGGCGGCCUGGAUCGACGAGGAUGUCGUUCCUGUGCCGAAGAAUAUCUACGGCGUGACGAAAAUUGCGGCGGAGGAGGUGUGCGCAUUGAUGCAGCGGGCGAGCGGGAUGCCUGUGGUUGUCCUGCGUACGAGUCGUUUCUUCCCCGAGGCAGAUGAUGAUGAGGAUAGGCGGGCGGCUAUGGGUGAUGAGAAUCUGAAGGUGUUGGAAUUGGCGUAUCGGAGGGUUGAUAUUGAGGAUAUUGUUGGGGCGGCGGUUUGUGCUAUGCGGAAGGCGAGGGGGAUUCGGUGGGGGAAGUAUAUCAUUAGUGCGCCGCCGCCGUUCGGUCGUGAUGAGGGUACGCUUGAUGCUUUGAGUCGGAGUCCUGCGGAGGUGGUGAGUAAGGUUUCACCUGGUGUUGAUUCGGUCUUUAGGGAGAGGGGAUGGAAGCAUCUCGCGAGGAUUGAUCGGGUAUAUGAUUCUAGUAAGGCUGUUGCUGAGUUGGGGUGGGAUCCGAAAUAUACGUUUGUCGGGGCUGUGGAGAGGUUAAUGCGUGGUGAGCAGUGGCGGAGUGACUUGACGGCGAGGGUGGGCAAGAAAGGCUAUCAUGCUGUUAGCACUGGGGUGUAUACAAAGAGAGACUCGGAAGUAUAA